CGAACGUCAUUCAAAUUCAAACAACGGUCGAGUUCGAAGCGAUCUCAAACAAGUGAAAUCUGUGCCUUCAUUUCAUUCUUCUGCGUCAAUUGCUAUUGAAAGUACGCGAUUUACUUCAAGAAGAAGCAGUUAUCUGAAUUAAAGAAAAUGUCUCUGCUUCCGUUCCUGUUUGAUUACGAGUUCGAGCGUCCCCGCCGGUUGAUGGAUCAGCAUUUCGGCCUGGCGUUGACUCCGGACGACAUUCUAAGCGCCAGCGUUGGACCCUUGAUGAGCCGCGAGUACUAUCGCCCGUGGCGUCAGUUAGCUACCGCCGCUCGGGACCUAGGCUCUAGCAUCAAGGCCGAUAAGGAUAAGUUACAGAUCAACUUGGAUGUGCAGCAUUUCUCCCCGGAAGAGAUUUCUGUGAAGACUGCGGACGGUUACAUAGUGAUUGAAGGCAAGCACGAAGAGAAGAAAGAUCAGCAUGGUUUCAUCUCGCGCCAGUUUAAGCGUCGCUACGCGUUGCCUGAAGGCUGUACGCCAGAGGCGGUCGAGUCUCGCCUUUCGUCCGAUGGUGUGCUAUCUGUGACAGCUCCGAGAGUGGUGCCUCCAGAGAUCCAGGGUGAGCGCAAGGUCCCGAUCUCGCAAACCGGCCCUGUUCGCAAGGAACUGAAGGAGAACGCCAAUGGAGAUAACACUAACAAGUAAUUCACUUAGAUCUAUUAAUUUCGGUGAUACUAAUCUCAUUCCUAUAGGAAAGAGACUGAUUGUUUAAGUUCUAAUAAAUAAGCUUUGUUUAUAA